CGAUCCGCUCCCAACGGCCGCGAGCGUCAUUCUAUCUUUGUUUAACAUCUAAUGAGCAACAAAGAUAGAAUGAUGCUCACGGCCGUUGGGAGUAACGGAUCGCGGCCACAGUCAGCUAAUGUUUACGAUAACGUAAACACAAAAAAGCAAAGCGGCCCGUCAAUGCUUUCUCGAUGUAUACAUUCCAUUACCGGCAGUGAUAAACACAGCGCGCGUAACCUUGACGGGCCGGAGCUCUCCGAGAUCACAGUAGUUCUUUCGCUGCCGCUGGCGAAAGAAGACGCGAGUGAUGCGUGCGCGUUAUCCGCGUUAUUCAGAGUGAAACGCGAAUUAGCACGCGACGGGGAUGACCGCGAGGGGUGUUCGGCGCGCGUGAUACGAGAGCGCGGGCGAGGGCGGCACGCGCGGAAAGGGGCAAAGGGUGCCGGCCGGUUAUCAGAGGGGUCGGAAACGCGGAAGCGCGCCAGUCGACGGCGAGACUUCGCCCGCGCAGCUUCCCUCUUUCUCUCUCACUACCCAUCUCCCCUCGCUGUCAUCGAACGUCGUCUGUCGGCUCGCAAAAGUCGCCUCCGUGAUAGAAUCUGCGUCGCGCGAGCGACGCGGAUAAUUCGCUUGUCCACGCGUGACGUCCUCGCGCAGGACACCCGGCCGGGAGUGGAGCAAGAGUCACGUGGCGAUCGCGUGGACGACGCGGGACGAUCGAGGGUGACCGUCGUCGCCGAGAGAGUGGAGGAUCCUCGUUGACGGGCCGUUGGAUGUAGGAGGAACCGAGGAACCAUGACGAGGACGACGCGCCGAUUUCUACUCCUGCUGCUGCAGAUGCUGAUUAGUGUUUGCCGGGGCAUCCAGCAGUUCGAGGAGAUGCCGCAGUAUACCGAGGUCAAUCCCGGCCAGGACGCGAAGCUGGUGUGUCGAGUCCUUGGAAAGAGGGGACAGUGUAUUUGGCAGAAGGAUCAGAAGCCAAUAGGUAUGCAUCUGAAGAAAUACGAGUGGGUGGGCUCGCCGGACAUCGGCGACUGCUCGUUAUGGGUGCGAUCCGCCACGCUGGAGUUCGACGACGGACUCUGGCAAUGUCAAGUAACCGCGAGCGAUUUCACGACGCAGGACGCGUUAGCAUCUGAACCGGCGAGGCUGGUCGUCAGAGUCAGCCCUCAGCGACCGCAGAUAGAGUACGCCGACCGUCUAAUUCUCCCCGGCAGCAACGUGACAGCCCGAGCAGGUGAGAUCGCUACGCUCACUUGCAGAGCGCGGUAUGGGAAUCCUUCGCCUCUAAUUAAAUGGUACGUGGGCGAGACCGAGAUGAGGACGCUGCGGCCGCAGGUAAACACGACUGAGGUAGAUAAUCCGCGCACUUGGGCGACCUACAGUGUUUGCGAGAUUCUGGCCGAGCGAUCACGUUACGGCCAGCCGAUCAGAUGCGUCGCCAUCCAUCCAGCGUACGCCAAUCCCACUAUGUCCUCCAGCACUGAAGUGAGGUUCGACGUGCGAUACGCGCCGGAGACAAGAUUAGUCGGUGUCCCAACUGGCCAGCUGGAGGAGGGCCGCGAUCAACUGGAAAUCCGAUGUCUCGCCGACGCCAAUCCGCCAGCCUCGAUACUCUGGAGGAAAACGAAGAGCCCCGGCGUGACGGAGGUAGCCAGUAUCGGCGAAACUCUGCAGUUCUCGCCGAUUUUCAGGAAUCACGCCGCCGUUUACCUCUGCGAGGCGUCCAACAUCGAAGGCGAGAGCAGUCCAGUGUCGGUUCAGGUGUCUGUAAACUAUCCACCAACAAUCAGCGCGGUUGGGCCCGAUCGACUGACUACUGCACUGUUAUAUUCUGGCGCGUCCUUCGAGUGUCACGCUGACUCUAUGCCGCCGGCCGAUUACAGAUGGGCGCAGGUAUUCACGGACGGCCGGAUGCCAUUGGAAUGCGGCACGGGGCAGCGAUUGAUCCUGACGAACGUGACGUACGAGCAACAGGGCCAGUACAUAUGUCUCGCUUCCAACAAGAUCAAUGGGAACGUCAGAGAAGUUAAAAGCGACCCUGUGUCCCUGCAAGUGGUCGGCGCGCCACGGGUGGUGAAGCCGGCCAUCACGGAGAAGUUCGUCGUGGCGACGACGGAGGGCAACCCGGCCAGAUUAGAGAUCAGACUAUGCUCCGACCCGAAGCCACGGCUCGUUGCUUGGGAAUGGGGCAGCACCAGACUACACGCCGGUGAGGUUUUGGAGCCGCGCUACCGCGCGCUCGAUCUGGAACCGUUGGCUUCGGAGGACUGUUACAUAGCGAUCUUAGAGCUGACGAGCACGGUGAAGGAGGACCAAAGGCUGUAUCACGUUAUCGUGGAGAACGACCGCGGCAGCGACAGGCGCGCGCUCAUGCUGAGAGUCGACGAGCCCGGUCAGAUCCCGCUCGUUAUCGGCGCCGUAGCCGGAUUCACGGUGCUCUCAGUACUGAUAAUGGGAUUCGUUUGUUUCCUACGUUCGGAUAGAUGCUGCGUAGCCAGAAACACGGUGCCGGCGCUGCAGCAAGUGCAUUGCACAAAGGCUUCCAACGCGAUGAUAGAGGAUCCACGCUUGGCAGUGGAUACGAUGGAACGUACGAGUCAGCAGUUCGUCCCGGAGAAGCGAGCCAAUCACGUUCUGAAGCCCGUCCCGUCACAGCAAUACCAGCAGGAAUGUUAUCAGCACGACCCGCAACACCAGCAGCAACAUUAUCAGAGGCAUCAUCAUCAUGGACAGCCUCACGGACAAUACACGUUGCAGGAAAAAUUCCUUCUACAGGACGAGGAGCGGGACACGCUAAAUCGGAUUAAAAAAGGCAAGGAACGAGGAGCGCAAACUUUUCAUCUUUUCUCCCGGAAAGAUCUCGAAGAAAGGAGCGUAUACUCGGCAGCCACGCGUCCUGCGGGAUUCAAGAACGUAAGACUGACUCUCGACCGAGACGAGUAAAUUUACGCUUUAAGUAGCGGCGCACUCAACGACGGCCGAUCGCGCAUCGAGAUCAUCCCCCUUCCUCCCCCUCCCUCCUUCCCGGUUGUUUGGAAAAUUUACACGGUUGUGAGAAUAGCUGUAAACUCGUGGUCGUACCUUCACUCGAUCGUUUGUCCCGUUUAAACGUCGUAGGCGCGACUAACACGGGCACCGAUACUUAAAGAUGUCAUUUCUUUUUCUUUCUUUUUUUCCUCUGAUUGUUGAAGUCGUACACUCGAAAGACGCAGAUGAACCGUCGAAGACCAUUCAAGAGUGUUUGUACAAUAGGCAUUAAAUUAGUCAAAACUAUGCUCAUUACGACUUAACGACGAUAUACAUAUUAUAUAUAUAUAAAUAUAUAUAUUAUUAUUAAUCGAACCCUAAGUGCAUAUGUACAUACGCGUAUACAUAUACUCGCUUAGAUCACGAUCUAAAGAAUACCGAGUCGUCGUCCAAUCAAUGAAAGUUUAACGGUAACAGCGAUGUAAUCGCCCACUCACGUUCAACACUGCCACGUGCGCCUCUGCAUCGCUGUCACGAGCGGCAGUUUAAACUACAACAACUGAGCCGACGUGAUUUUGUUCGCAGUUGUAUAGUAUAGUCAUACGAAUGAUUUAUCGGUUCAGGAACUCUCGAUAAAAAGAGAGGAAGAGAGACAGAGAGAGAAAGAAAGAGAGAGAGAGAGAGAGAGAGAGAGAGAGAGAGAGAGAGAGAGAGAGAGAGAGAAAGAAAGACGAAACCGGGAACCAAGCUGUACAGAUCGUUUCAGAGCGCGUCACCCGACCCAACGUUCGAGCAUGUCGGAGUUGCAUUUUUGUAUGUAUCCCUGCACCCUGCGAGUUAUGUACAGAGAGAGAGGAGAGAUUUCCCGAUCGAGAUUACUUUUCACCCGAUAUUCUCCCCUCCCCCCUCGCCCCGCCUGCCUUCCCCCCUCGAGCUCAAAUACGACGCACCGUUGUUUGCUGUUACCUCGAUCAAUCGUCCUCCAUAGUGAGUAAAACUUGUAUUGUAUCUCCUGACUGUUGUCGUCGUCGUUCUGAUGCGAAUUACACCGACUCUGUAAUCGGACUAAUAAUAUGAUGACGGGACUCCGUUGUACGGCGUAUGAAAUAGUUCCGAGAGGAGUUCUCGAGUUCUCUUCCGUGUAUAAAGUUGUCAUUAAAAGGUGAUCACACAUGUGUGCGUAUGUGUUGCCAUUUGUCAUCGCACCCACGCAUAUAUCCCCCGAUCCUGAUCACACGUUCGAGAGCAGCCAUACCGGGCAUUAUGAUCGCGCUUUGGGAAUUUGCGUCGAAUAAUAAGCGCUGAUUUCAUUUGUUUCACACGUUGCGCCAGUUGACUUUGCACGCCGACGCGAAAUACAUCGCGUGCGAAAAGUGUAUCGUCGCAUCCGUUCGUCGUAUUUGUUAUUAUUCAUUAUUCGUCUCAUUCAUACAAUUAUUCAUCGCUCGUUAUCAUAGUUGUUUGUGUUUUUUCAUUAUAUAAUUAUGUAAAAUUAUAUAUAUAUGUGAAUAUUAAAUAAUUAUAUAAUUAUUUGAUAUUAUGCAAUUAUCAUAAUUAUUAUCAUGAUUUUCAUAAUGUUCUGGUAAGGAGAGGAAGCAUACGUAAUUAUCGUAUUUACGCGAGAUUCGUACUCAUGUACGGCUGAAAGUGUACGUCUCAUCGUUUACAUACUAUGCACAUACCUAGUACUGUGUACUUGCUCCCUUAGUCCCGGUUUCUGCCUGUCAUGCUGAAUCUACCCUGACUGUUAUAGCCUGGACUGUUUGGCACCUGCGCAGCGCCGAGGGUGUAGAGAAAGACCCCGCGAUUUUAUCCCCUCGCGCGCCACUUUUUCGGGCGCGCAUAGAAUUGCACAGAUUGCACAACCUAUGCUAGUUUCUAUAUCCCUGACUGCCGCAAGUUAAUAACCCGUAGAACAUCAUGAUAGCAGUUCGUGCGAGUCAAUGCACUGUUUGCGUAUGCAUAACGUACGAAGAACAAGUUCGCAUUAGCCCUCUUCAGCUCCGCAAUAUGUCGAACAUACACAGAGAACAAUAUGUCCGUGAAUAUUUUCUGUCUCUGGUUUUGUCUCCACAGUGUUGUGUAACUUGGUUAUCUUCACAAGCACGAUUUAUUGAAUUAAUUUGCGACCCGAUUCUUUUUUCGUGCUAUCUCCCGGUACACACAACACGGAAGAAUAAUUUUCUUACGAGAUAGCAUCUAAUACCCGAGAUCACAACGAAGAUCAACAUAAUAAAUAUUCAAGAUACAGUUCCCCACGAGCCGUAGCGGGUUAAUGCGGAUGGAAAUUUGCGAGAUACCGAGGGUUAAGAUCCUAAGAUGGCAAUU